AUGAUCGCCAUGGGCGGUAGAGACUUCCGCGACAAGCGGGGAGAUCUCGAGGACCCUUGGCGAGGGGGGAUGAAGAUUCUCGACAUGACGGAGCUUGUGUGGCGCGACGACUAUGACGCCUCAGCCCCAGUCUACCGGCAGCCCGGGGUUGCCAAGGAGUGGUACAGCGAUCGCGGGCUUCCAAAUGUCACCUGGGAGAUAGAGAACACUCGACUGCUCUUCCAGGAUGUCAUCGACUCGGAAGCACAACGGAAGUCCCCACCGCCCGCAGUAUCGGAGCCAACCGCCGGUUCAGUAGUGGCACCAACGCCGGGACCUCCGAUUGGGGCUAUCGUAGGGGGCGUGCUUGGAGGGCUGGCCGCGGUGCUGAUCGCGGCCGUGGUUUGCGUCUAUAUGUGGCGGCGACGCCACCGACAAGUCGGCGACGCUGUGGUGGCAGAGCGGCGGGAAAAGGAUGAGGCCACAUACUCGGCUGCAAUGUCCCGAGACUCGGCUGUGAUGGCCCCAGACUCUGCUGUGACGGAACUAUAUUUCGAGCUGGGGAUGGAGUGA